CCAGUGCGCACGCGCGGCUGCGGCCCCGCCCCCGUUCCCCCGGCGCUCAGAGCCCGAGUCCGCGGGAAGAUGGCGGCGCCGCUCAUUCCACUCUCCCAGCAGAUUCCCACUGGAAAUUCGUUGUAUGAAUCUUAUUACAAGCAGGUGGAUCCGGCAUACACAGGGAGGGUGGGGGCGAGCGAAGCUGCGCUUUUUCUAAAGAAGUCUGGCCUCUCGGACAUUGUCCUUGGGAAGAUAUGGGACUUGGCCGACCCAGAAGGUAAAGGGUUCUUGGACAAACAGGGUUUCUAUGUUGCACUGAGACUGGUGGCCUGUGCACAGAGUGGCCAUGAAGUUACCUUGAGCAAUCUGAAUUUGAGCAUGCCACCGCCUAAAUUUCACGACACCAGCAGCCCUCUGAUGGUCACACCACCCUCUGCAGAGGCCCACUGGGCUGUGAGGGUGGAAGAAAAGGCCAAAUUUGAUGGGAUUUUUGAAAGCCUCUUGCCCAUCAAUGGUUUGCUCUCUGGAGACAAAGUCAAGCCAGUCCUCAUGAACUCAAAGCUGCCUCUUGAUGUCCUGGGCAGGGUCUGGGACCUCAGUGACAUUGACAAGGAUGGGCACUUGGACCGAGACGAGUUCGCUGUGGCCAUGCACUUGGUGUACCGAGCCCUGGAGAAGGAGCCUGUGCCCUCUGCCCUGCCCCCGUCCCUCAUCCCACCCUCCAAGAGAAAGAAGACUGUGUUCCCUGGCGCCGUCCCCGUCCUGCCUGCCAGCCCCCCACCAAAAGACAGUCUCCGCUCCACGCCGUCCCAUGGCAGCGUCAGCAGCCUCAACAGCACAGGGAGCCUGUCCCCCAAGCACAGCCUCAAGCAAACACAGCCAACAGUGAACUGGGUGGUGCCUGUGGCAGACAAGAUGCGAUUUGAUGAGAUAUUCCUGAAGACCGACCUGGACCUGGACGGCUACGUGAGUGGCCAGGAGGUGAAGGAGAUCUUCAUGCACUCAGGCCUCACCCAGAACCUUCUAGCACACAUAUGGGCCCUGGCCGAUACGAGGCAAACGGGGAAGUUAAGCAAAGACCAAUUCGCGUUAGCUAUGUAUUUCAUUCAGCAGAAGGUCAGUAAAGGCAUCGACCCCCCUCAAGUCCUCUCGCCGGACAUGGUCCCACCUUCGGAGAGAGGCACGCCCGGCCCGGACAGUUCAGGCUCUCUCGGCUCCGGGGAGUUUACUGGCGUGAAGGAGCUUGAUGACAUCAGUCAAGAGAUCGCCCAGUUACAAAGAGAGAAAUAUUCACUGGAACAAGACAUUCGAGAAAAGGAAGAGGCAAUCAGACAGAAAACCAGCGAGGUGCAGGAAUUACAAAAUGACCUAGACCGGGAAACAAGCAGUUUGCAGGAGCUCGAGGCUCAGAAACAGGAUGCUCAAGACCGCCUGGAUGAGAUGGACCAGCAGAAGGCCAAGCUCCGAGACAUGCUGAGCGAUGUCCGGCAGAAGUGCCAGGAUGAGACUCAGAUGAUCUCAUCAUUGAAAACGCAAAUCCAAUCUCAGGAAUCUGACUUAAAAUCCCAGGAAGAUGAUCUGAACCGAGCCAAGUCGGAACUGAACCGAUUGCAGCAGGAGGAAACCCAGCUGGAGCAGAGCAUUCAGGCUGGACGGGUCCAGCUGGAAACCAUCAUCAAGUCCUUGAAGUCAACGCAAGACGAAAUCAACCAGGCAAGGAGCAAACUUUCCCAGCUGCAUGAAAGUCGCCAGGAGGCCCACAGGAGCCUGGAGCAGUAUGACCAGGUGCUUGAUGGAGCCCAUGGUGCCAGCCUGACCGACCUGGCCAACCUGAGCGAAGGCGUCUCCCUGGCAGAGAGGGGCGGUUUUGGAGCCAUGGAUGAUCCUUUCAAAAAUAAAGCCUUGUUAUUUAGCAACAACACGCAAGAGUUGCAUCCGGAUCCUUUCCAGACAGAAGACCCCUUCAAAUCUGACCCAUUUAAAGGAGCUGACCCCUUCAAAGAGAGCCAAGGCAUCGAGACGGUGGGAAGCGUUCCAAGCUCACCACAAGACCCACAUUUGAAGGCAGCUUGGCCAGGCCUCUUCAAUUCUUCAGUACUUCAGUUUCCUAAUCCCUCAGCAGGCGACCCGUUCCAGAAUGACCCCUUUGCAGAACAGCAGACAACUUCAACAGAUCCAUUUGGAGGGGACCCUUUCAAAGAAAGUGACCCAUUCCGUGGCUCUGCCACUGACGACUUCUUCAAGAAACAGACAAAGAAUGACCCAUUUACCUCGGACCCAUUCACAAAAAACCCUUCCUUACCUUCGAAGCUCGACCCCUUUGAAUCCAGUGAUCCCUUUUCAUCCUCCAGUGUCUCCUCAAAAGGAUCAGAUCCCUUUGGAACCUUAGAUCCCUUCGGAAGUGGGUCCUUCAAUAGUGCUGAAGGCUUUGCCGACUUCAGCCAGAUGUCCAAGGUAAAAGUACACCUGUAAGCCAGCUUGGUUCCGCAGACUUUCCCGAGGCCCCCGAUCCAUUCCAGCCACUCGGGGCUGACAGCGGCGACCCGUUCCAAAGUAAAAAGGGGUUUGGGGACCCGUUUAGUGGAAAAGACCCAUUUGUCCCCUCCUCUGCAGCUAAACCUUCUAAGGCCUCUGCCUCGGGCUUUGCAGACUUCACCUCUGUAAGUUGAGUCCUCCGCCUCCGGGCCACCCUCCUCCCUUCCAUUUGCAGCUUCCCUGGGAUUUUUGUCUCCUUUUAAAGGCAAACCUUCCAGCUUCUUUAGCCUCUUGGUACCUCACACUCUCUGUCCCUCGCGUUAUUUAUUCUACACUGCCACUUCUGUAAGAAAAACAGUUUCUCAAUAAAAAAAAAAAGAGCCGCGAUUUGGAUGCUCUAUCAUAAGGGCACGUUUUCUUCCAGCAGGGAGGCGGGACCUAUCUGUCCUUCACGGUAGAUUCUUUGUAUUCUUUGUAUUAUUUCUGUCGCACUGAGGCUGUUGUGUUCACUGGUUUUUGGAAGCGAAGAUGUCAAACACUUCCGAAGUACGAAAAGAAGAUUGCAAAAGUUACAUUAGAGUUCUGCUGUCCCCCAAAAGCCCUUUCUUUGUGCACAAGUUCUCACAGUCCCGCCCCAUGCAUUUUGUGCCACAAGUACAAAUUGAAGGACUUUAGGCAGAUUGCAGCAGGGAAGAGCAAUUUGAAGUUUUUUUUUUAAAGCUUUUAAAUUUCAGUUACCAGCUCCAAUGAAAAAAGAAAUCCAGUCUAGAACAGCCACUCUGAAAGCCAAAACAAAAAGAGCUCAAAAAAGCUGUUGAGCAAAGUUAAGUGCCUUUUCAGAAGCACAUCCCGGGAUUUUGAAAGCCUGGCUUUGUUUUUCUCUGUGUGAAAAAAUAUUCAAGAUUGUAACAUGCCGUCGCUUCAAGGAGUUUUUAGUAGCUUCCUUGAUACGUGAAAAUCUUGUUCUCUGAAAGCUUCAGGUGUUGUCUUCCCAGAAUUGGUUUCACUGUAUGUGACGCACUCGCUUUCUUCCUUUGGGCUUGUUAGUUCCUUCAUCAUUAGGUGUGAGACGUGUUAUUUAUAGACGCUUCGACUCCUGGGAUGGCUCUUUGAACACAAGCCCUGCCAUGUCAAUGCACAGAAAGCACCCGAUUUGUUUCUGGGCCGUCUUGAUGAUCUCUACCGUGCACAGCUAUCCUAUGGCUUAUUUAUCAAUUUAUUUAUUGUAGUGACAAGGUCUCGCUGUGUUGCCCAGGCUGGUCUGCAUUGGCGCGAUCAGAGCUCACUUGUAACCUCGAAUUCCUGGGCUCAAGCGAUCCUCCUGUCUUGGCCUCCUGAGUAGCUGGGACGACAGGCGUGCAACACCACGCAAGGCUAAUUUUUAAUUUUUUUUUGUAGAGAUAGGGUCUUGCUGUGUUGCCUGGGCUGGUCUGGAACUCCUGGCCUCAAGCAAUCCUCCCACCUUGAAGUACUGGGGUUACACGUGACUGGCCCGUGUGGCUUAUUUAAAUCGCCCAAGACCCCGACCUGUUUCUGGCUCUUGGUGACCUAUAAAUAUUUUACAACUGCAGUGAGUUUGAUUUUGUUGACCCUAGAUGUGCACUGGGGGUCUAUACAAAAUGGUGACAUUGUUAAUAAAAGCCAGAAACAAAACCUGCUUUAUCUAGAGUUUCUUGAAUAGCCCUUCAUUUAUUUUCUGGUGGAAAAAUAUUAAAUGCUGAUUUAAAAAAAAAAAAAACAGAACUCUUCACACAUGACUCAGGUACUCUGUCUUGGGUAGGGAAGAGUUAGGUAAGUGGGGUGAACGGCAGCUUGAAGAAAUGACUGUUCUCUUUCUGAAAGUCAUAGUUCUAUUUCCUGUGACCCCAACCCCCAAAGAGCUCGUUUUUUCGAAAAAGCAUAAAAAAAAAAAAAACAAAACACCCAAGGUUUCAAGGUAUCAUUUGGCUUAGCAUUUCUGGUAGUUCCAGAACAAUUGUUAACUUCAGUUUUAAAAUAGUGCCAGCCAUUUUAUCACCUUCAUCUCCUGGUGGGAAAGCAAAUUCCACCCAGGCCUGGGUGCAGCCCUGCUGUUUUCUGUUUGUUUGUUUUUUUUCCCUAAUUUUUUGGUUUUUAUAUUUUCAGAGCUGAGUCUUGCUCUGUUGCCCAGGCUGGGUGCAGUGGUGCAGUCACAGCUUCACUGCAGCCUUGACCUCCUGGGCUCAAGCAAUUGUCCUGCCUCAGCCUCCCAUGUAGCUGGGACCUCAGGUGUGCACCACCACAUCUGGCUAAUUUUAAAAUGUUUUAAUAGAGACAAGGUCUCACUUUACUUGUCUCUGGUCUUUGAACCCAGUCUGGUCUUUGAACUCUGGGCUCAAAUGAUCCUCCUGCUUCAGGCUCCCAAAGUGUUGGGAUUACAGGCAUGAGCCCCUGCGCCUGACCUGUUUUCUGUUUAAAAUCACUUUUCCCACUGCAAAUACCCCGGUUUUUUCCAGAGGAAAUUAUCAGAUAAUGUACUUCAGCCACUCUGAAGGGAUGGUGUGAGUGAAAACAGGACCCUUAAUUGUUUUUGUUUGUCCCUUUGGGUCGUAUCAUUGUCUAAAAUCAUCCAUAACCAGCUCUCCUCUGGGGACUCCAGAUGACGUCUCUCCAUGUUCACAGCAUUCGGGGGCUCAGCCGAUCGGCUGGUGGUUUCUAGGUUCACUGGAUCUUGACUAUUUGUGCUAACUUAGAAGAGGGCACAGCUGCUUCCUCUGGUUUGAAUGAUUCCACUUCCCUGAGCAAAUGCCAAGAGGGCUGUCGGGCUGUCUGACUGCCCGGCAGAUGGGCAGCGUGACUCUUCUCAGCGUGGACGUUCUGAGACUGCUGUUCAGGGCACAGUUUUACCUGUGCAGGAGCAGCCCAGUCCACGCUGGCAGUCAGGGGGGCCCAGGUCACCCGCACCUCACUUGUGGAGGUGGUGCCCCGGCUGUGCCUCUCCAGAACCCUCUAAUUUACAAGCCCCAAAUUUCCAUCAAUGGGUUAUUUGUGUGUGUGGCUGUUCCCGGGAAACCUCUUCCUCUCUGGUAUUUCUUUAAAAGCAGGCCUUUCUGUCUCAGGCAAAUGUGUGUAUUAGGAAGUGGCAUUUCUAGGUUAGCAGAACGGUUCUUUUGGAAGUUCGCAUUAAGAGCAGUGCAAAUACCAGAUCAGGUAGGCCGUGCUUUGAAUUAUUGAAGGAGUUGGAUGCAAUUUCAAUGUCAGAGUAAGUGAAUGAAUGGGAAGUGGCUAGGUGUGUCCUGCACAUGGUGGGGUGGAAGUGCCAUCAGAUGCCUUGGAGUGCCAGUGUCCUUUCCUAGUGAGGACAGGUGCCGGGCGCCUCCCGGGGCCAUCCCAUGGCCCAACAUGCCGAGCUGUCUGAACUGCGGAUUUCCAAGAGGCUGCUGAAAUGAACCACUUAUUUGCUUUUGAAAAUGAGGCCGGGCGCGGUGGCUCACGCUUGUAAUCCCAGCACUUUGGGAGGCCGAGGCGGGCGGAUCACGAGGUCAGGAGAUCGAGACCACGGUGAAACCCCGUCUCUACUAAAAAAUACAAAAAAUUAGCCGGGCGCGGUGGCGGGCGCCUGUAGUCCCAGCUACUCGGAGGCUGAGGCAGGAGAAUGGCGUGAACCCGGGAGGCGGAGCUUGCAGUGAGCGGAGAUUGCGCCACUGCACUCCAGCCCGGGCGACAGAGCGAGACUCUGUCUCAAAAAAAAAAAAAAAAAAAAAAAAAAAAAAAAAAAAAGAAAAUGAACCGCAUCCUGAGUGGGCAGGCCUCGGCGAGGAUGGUGUCCCGCCCCUAUGGUGUCUUGGUUCCAUGGUAAUGCCAGAGAGAAGCAGAAAUCAGAGCCAGUGUGUUUCCCAGCCACUAUUGGUUUUGCAUCGGCCACACCCACAGGCAUCCAGAUUCUGGCCUGUGUGACCCACCCAGAUACGAGAACUAGAAGGUGGCGCCCUCCAGGGCUAAGACAGCAGACACAGAGGGAGCUGCGGAGUCCCCUUUCAGGAGAGCUCUCCCAGGCCUCACAGCGCAGCGUGCCUCCUAAGUGCAUGCAGACCUCACCAAUGCAAGUCUCCGUAGUGGAUUCAUGAGCUGACCUUGAACCAGUCGACUCUGAAGGCACUGGGAACUUUCCUACUGACAGCUUUCAUUUGGAAACACAGACCCCCUCAAGGGAAGGCGCUUCAGUGACACUCUGUGACACGGGGGCUCAGCGGGGCCAGAGAAGGCCAGGGGACUGUGGUUCAGAUCCAGCCGGCCGGUUACUUGGCCAUUCCAGGCUUUGAUUUGGAUCGGGGCGAACAUUACCAUCAGCUCCCACCCACCCUGUCCUCAAGGCUGGUGGAGGGUGAGGUCCCUGUCAGCCGCGCUGUCUCCCUCCCGCUGUUGUCAGCAGCACCAUGGAAUAAUUUCCACCCACACUUGUUGUUUUUUCCUUGUUUUUCUCCCCAUGAGGUGUUGGAAAAUUCCCCAAACUGGGGCGGGGGGACGCUUAUCUGUGCCCGUGGCAGUGACACAAUGGCGGGGAGGGAGUCCGACGUGGAGACUCAUCAGACCCCCCAAGUGUUUAGCUGGGCAGUGCCUCUUUAAGAAGUCAAGACUCAGCCCUUCCUCCCAGUGACAUCUUUUCUUGAUACUGACACUCUGCCUGUCCCCCAUCUGGGUCCUGAGGCCAGCUAGAGGGAGGCCUCCAGGGCUCCGCAUCCCCCUCACUGCCACAUCUACCAUCCAACCAGGUUCCUUGCAUGUACCGGCUCCUGCACCUGGCCCAGUCCCGCCAGCCCUGCCAUCUGGCCCUCGUCUCUCCUGCUUCCCGCUCAUGCCACCAUCAAGCCGUGAAAUACCAGACGCUGCCAACCUGAUCCCCAAACUCGCUUGCCCACGGAGCCUCCACGGGGAAAUUCCAGCUCCUUUCUGGGGCCUACGAGCCCCUCCUCAGUCUGGCUUAUCCCACCCCACGCUUUGUCCUGGUGACCCCAAGGUCGGGCACUGAGCCUCACACCCAGAACCUCGCAGGGACACGUCCUCCCUGUCAGUUUCAGCUGGUAUCCUGCUCCCCACAGGCCUGGGGGUGGGAAAAAGUCUAGAGUGUGAGCCACCCCUUCCAUGGCCUCAGUGUCCCCAGCUGUCAGAGGGAUGAGAUGACAGCGGGCCCACCCCUAGGUUGUCAUGCAGACCUAUUGCUGCGUGUGGUGGAGAGGCCGUGAGUGUUCCUGUGUGCUUCCUUCCCCCACCCUCCUGGGGGAGUCUGCAGGGCCCUCCUCGAGAGCCUGGGUGCUUGGGUCCUGGAUCAUUCUGGGAUUGUUUGUAUAUUUCUGCUCCCAAGGGCGCCUGGGGAAGAGCCACUGCGCAUGUUAUCUUUGGUGUUACUCCAGUGUUGAGCAGAGAGCUGGUCAGAGGCAGUGCAUCACAGAGAGAUGUUAAUAAGCGAAUCCUUUGAAUCCCUAAGCGGCAGCAGCUUUCCUGAGGGGCCCGAUGAUGCCAGUGACCUCUCAGGGAAGUCUGUGACAUGGGGACCCACCCUGGGGGAGGAGCUUGUGGGAUGUGGCUUUUCUUUUCAUGACUAAAGUACUUUGAGUUGUUUGAAAUCACCUAUCUCAGCAUCAAGAUGGUUUUCUCCCUUUUUUAAGUUUUUAUUUUAACUGAACAUUUUAGAAAAACACCCCAAGGAUAAAAACUCGACUAAAUGGCAGUGUAAAUGCCACACCUUUUGUCAGCGUUCUGGGAGAAAUUGACCCUCAGAGCCGGGUGCAGUGGCUCACGCCUGUAAUCCCAGCACUUUGGGAGGCUGAGGCGGGUGGAUCACAAGGUCAGGAGUUCAAGACCAGCCUAACCAACAUGGUGAAACCCCGUCUCUACUAAACAUACAAAAAUUAGCCAGGCAGGGUAGCGCACGCCUGUAAUCCCAGCUACUCAGGAGGCUGAGGCAGGAGAAUCCCUUGAACCCGGGAGGCGGAGGUUGCAGUGAGCCGAGAUAGUGCCACUGCACUCCAGCCUGGCGACAGAGCAAGACUCCAUCUCAAAAAAAAAAAAAAAAAAACGAAAAAGAAAA